UAAUUUGAAUUCAUUGGAGCCUUACCCCCUCAACUAUCACCUUUCCUCUUCCAUCCUUAGGCUCAUCUUUAGCUCUACCUAGUAUAGCCAGCUAUAUCUCUUAGUUAUUCUCCGUAUGUGCGUCGUUCCUACUGUCAUAGGCGUCAUGUCUGGAUUCUUUUCUCUUCUCCCCGACCUUCUUCCGAUGAUACUACCUUCGGAGGUGCAAAUCACGAAGGCCUCUGACCUUGAGGCUCAAAGGGGCGGGAAGGAUGCGCCUAUGAUUCGUCAGGGAGCCGUGAUCGGAAAGAGUGAUAGAAUGUGUGCUACUGUCUUAAUAGCCAAGCCCCGAUGCUCAUCAGCAGUACACCACCAUGGCGAACAAGAGACCAUCAUCUACGCUGCCUCGGGCAAGGGCAUGAGACAUGAACUUUCGCCCGGAGACUUUGCUUUUAUACCACCUUGGACCGAGCACCAGGAAAUCAAUGAUACUGAUGAGAAUGUCGUCUGGAUCCUCAUCCGGAGUGGUCCGGAACCCGUUGUGGUCUACUUGACAGGUUGGGGAGGUGAUGAGGCGAAGGCUGAUUCGAUUGAUUGAAACUACUGUUGACCAGGCUCGCGUACAGUCAAUCCAACAAGUCUAUACGUGAGGGGACCGAAAUGCCGGGAA